GGUCGCUGCGCCGCAAUCACUGCAGGGCGGACGCUUGGAGGACGCUCGUCUGAGGCUGCGCGCGCGAGGGUUUCCCACGGUCUUCUCGCCUCCGCCGCCGUCGCGGUCACCCAUCGCAGGUUUCUGCAGUUGAACUCUGCGGUGCAGAAUGAUUUGGGAAGGAGCUGUGUUGCUCAGCUUGGUCCUGGGGAUCGGUGCUGUCCCCAUCGAUGAUCCUGAGGACGGAGGCAAGCACUGGGUGGUCAUCGUCGCAGGUUCAAACGGCUGGUAUAAUUAUAGGCACCAGGCAGAUGCGUGCCACGCCUACCAGAUUGUUCACCGCAAUGGGAUUCCCGAUGAGCAAAUCAUUGUGAUGAUGUAUGACGACAUUGCCAAUUCUGAGGACAAUCCCACUCCAGGCAUUGUGAUCAACAGGCCCAAUGGCUCGGAUGUGUAUGAGGGAGUCCUGAAGGACUACACCGGCGAGGAUGUCACCCCGCAAAAUUUUCUUGCUGUGUUGAGAGGUGAUGCAGAAGCAGUGAAGGGCAAAGGAUCUGGAAAGGUCUUGAAGAGCGGCCCCCGGGAUCAUGUGUUCGUUUACUUCACCGAUCAUGGAGCUACUGGAUUACUGGCUUUUCCUAACGAUGAUCUUCAUGUCAAGGACCUGAAUCAUACCAUCCGUUACAUGCACAAACACAAGAUGUACCAGAAGAUGGUGUUCUACAUCGAAGCCUGUGAGUCUGGGUCUAUGAUGAGUGACCUGCCCAGCGACAUCAAUGUUUAUGCAACUACUGCCGCCAAUCCUGACGAGUCAUCCUACGCCUGUUACUACGAUGAGCAGAGGUCCACAUACCUGGGGGACUGGUACAGUGUCAACUGGAUGGAAGACUCGGAUGUGGAGGACUUGACCCAGGAGUCUCUCCACAAGCAGUACCAGCUGGUCAAAUCCCACACCAACACCAGCCAUGUCAUGCAGUACGGAAACAAGUCCAUCUCUACCAUGAAGCUGAUGCAGUUUCAGGGAAUGAAACACAAAGCCAGUUCUCCUAUCUCCCUACCUCCGGUCCAACACCUUGACCUCACUCCGAGCCCUGAGGUGCCCCUCAUGAUCAUGAAAAGGAAACUGAUGUCCACCAAUGAUCUGCAGGAGUCCAGGCGUCUUGUUGAGGAGAUCCACAUGCAUCUGGAGACCAGGCACAUCAUUGAGAAGUCCGUGCGAAAGAUUGUCUCCUUGCUCGUGGGGUCUGAUGACGAGGUGGAGAGGCUGCUGUCUCAGAAAGCCCCACUCACGGCUCACGACUGCUACCAGGCAGCCGUGUCACACUUCCGCACGUUCUGCUUUAACUGGCACUCCCCCACGUACGAGUAUGCUUUGAGACAUUUGUACGUGCUGGUCAACCUUUGUGAAAAACCGUAUCCAGUUGACAGGAUAAAAUCAUCCAUGGACAAGGUGUGCCUUGGUUACUACUGAAACGCUGCCUUCUUGAUGCUUCUCCAAGUGUGAACACCGUCCCUGGGGAUGCAUGCUAAUCAGAGACUGAAGAGGUGGAGCGAGGCAGAAGCAAACCCCAGCAGCUCCAGGCCUCCUGGGGCCGCAGCCCAGGCCUGUCUUGUCACAAGCGGGCUUGCUGCCCUUCCCCUACUGCCCUGGUCUCCUGCAGGUCCCGUGUGAUGCUCUGAGAACCUACAGAGGUGGCCGGGCAAAGCUCUGUGUUGAGAAAGGUCCAUUUGAUUUUUUAAAGUCUUUUCCCAUUAGUUUUAAGGAACGAGAGAUCCAUUCACUGGGGCUUCUUAGCCAGUGAACUUAGCCGAGGAAGUUGAACCUGGAGCCUCUUAAGUCUUCAGAAUGAUUUUACUGAAGGGGGACAUAAACCCCAAAUGGAAAACUGUUUUUCGAAAAUAAUAUAAUUUUUAAUUGCUUUUGUAUUUUAUUCCCCAAUGAGGACAUGUCUUAAAAAAAUAAAGAUGAUGACUGACCCCCAGUGCUCAUCCCGGGCCCUGAUUUCACAGUGUGUGCCCCCGGCCACAUCCCCCGCCUCCCUUCCACCCUCUGCCGCCUGCUCCUCUGCUCCUUGGGCUCCGCAGCCCCCUGUGCCUUCGCCUCCUGCACUUUCUCCUGCCCUGGAGCACCUUGCCCUCCACCGGGCAGACCCUCGAGGUGGGUCUGCAAGUACUGCUUCUCCCUCGAACCUCCUUCAGCGUCCUCUCUGCACCCGUCAGAAGGCCCCGCUCCUCUGUCUGUGUGCAUGUUCUUUAGUCUCCACAGUGCGUGUCAGGGUCUGCCCUUAUACCACGUGCGGGGCUGGAGGCUGCCUGACCCGUCUGUGUUUCCCAUGGCGCAGUGCUCCUCACGGGGUGCUCGCGGUGGGUUUGUGAAAGACGUGUAAGAGGAGCACUAACCAUGUCCGCGCCGUGGCGUGUCGUGCAGCAGUGAGAAGGCAGGGAGCACUAGAGCCAUGCUGCAGCAGUAAGCCGCGCGAGAAGCCCAUCGCAAAGGCCACAUGUUCUAUGAUUCCUUGAUAUCUAGUGUCCAGAAUAAGCAAAUCGAGACGCAGAAAGCAGAUGACUGGGGAGAGGGAAUCGGGAAAUGGUGACUGCUGAUGGCCGUAAGGGUUCUUCCCGAGGUGAUGAAAAUGUUCUAAAAUUGAUUAUGGUGAUGAAUGUACAACUCUGAAUAUACUAAAAACCAAACUGUA